AUGAAGUUGGAGAUUCGGGCGUUUAAGCAACUUAGUGGUGAGGAUUUGGUUAAUGCUUGGAAGAGAUUGAAGGAGUUGAUGAGGAAUUGUCCGGGGCAUGCCUAUAAGAUUAUGGAAGAUAUGGUUCGUACUAGUGUGAUUCGAGAAGCGGGUAGGACUAAACCGGAUCUUGUGAAAACGGGAAGAAGAAGUGUGGCUCGAGUUGAUAGUGGUGGAAGUAAUGAUGUAGUGGCUGAAAUUAAGGCUUUGGCAAGUCACAUGGAUAAGCAAUUUGCGAGUAUGGAUGGUAGAUUUGGUUUGAUUGAGAAGGAUUUGAAGACGGCGGUUGCGGGUUGUGACAUUUGUGGUGAUAGGCAUUACACGGAAGAUUGUGAUAAAGCACCACAGAAUGAAGAAGUUGAUUAUGUUCAAAAUCAAUAUCAACCACCGUUUGCAAAUCGAGGGCUGUUUCAAAGGAAUGGAGCUUAUCAAAACCGGUACCAAGGUAAUUCUAAUCCUAAUUUUAAUUCUAAUGGUGCAGGGAAUUAUAGGUCCACAUUGGGAGCUUCAUGGCAAGGAAGAAAUCAAGGAGGUCCUUCGGUUCAACCGGUUGAAGUUGUUGAUCCUAAUGCCGAGCUUAGAGAUCUUGUGAAGAAGUUUAUGGUUGAUCAAAACAAGAAGAAUGAGAAUUACCGAACCGACAUCACCGCUUUGAAUGAUAAUAUGAAUCAAAAUAUCAAAAGUCAACAAGUGGCGAUCAAGGAUUUAGGAGUUGAUAGUGAGGACGAAGAAGAUAAACAAGUUGAUGAAGAGAUUGUAAUGGAGCCGAACCAAGCCGUGAAACCACCGGCCGUUCCAUCUACAUCUACUACUCCGGUUGCUACACUGGUAGCUAAACCAACAAUUGAUGAGCCUCAAGUCAAGUUAUAUAAGCCUAAGAUUCCUUUCCCUCAAAGAUUGAAGAAGGAGGAGCUCAAAGAACAAUACCGGAAGUUUGUAGACAUGAUUAAAUCGGUUUACAUUAAUGUAUCUUUGGUUGAUUUGCUUUCAGGGAUGCUGAAUUAUGCUAAGUUCAUUAAGGAUCUUGUAACGGAUAAGAGGAAGCUAGAGGAAGCCAAGGCUACUGUCCUCAACGCGGAGUGUUCGGCAUUUGUGCAAAAUCAAAUCCCUCCUAAGCUUAAUUGUGAUGCUUUGGCCGACAUUGGUGCAAGCAUUAAUUUGAUGCCUUUUUCGGUUUAUAGGCAUUUGUCUUUAGCGUCUCUUAAGCCAACUCGGAUGAGCAUUAGGCUCGCCGAUCAUUCUUUUCAAUAUCCCAUGGGGAUUGCGGAGACUUUGUGUGUUAAAGUAGGCCAUAUUGUCUUUUUGGCCGAUUUUGUUAUUCUUUAG